GUGUUGUAGGUGGAUUCAGUGUUGGUUAGCUUUUACUCUGUGGACCAUCUGGAACGUUAAUUGCGAGUGUGUGAACAUACUUACCCAAUCCCGUUGCGUAUAUAAUUUAUGCAAAGAUAUUGGUCAUGAAGAUGAAAGAUUUGUUAUUUGAAGGAAGUUUGUCUUGUACAUAUGGAAUUAGGAGCCUUUCAUGGUGGCUCACUAGGGUCACCCUUCGCCAUCAGCGCAUUCUCGAUGAGAGGUCUUCAUCUUUGUUUGACCUUUUGCAUGUCUUCACAAGAGAAACUUUGACAAGUUGGAGAAAGUAACAAGUUAUUGGGGUAAGGAUUUGCGUAAUGGCGAGGGAUUGACACUUGUCCCAGUGAUUCAUCUGGAAGCUGGAAUGAUGGAACACAUCUAUGCACGUGUUGAUUCCUGCAGAUUUUUGCUGGGGUUAACUGUCUGCUAUCAGGUUGCAUUUUGAAUCAGCUGAAGCAGCGCUGGUGUUAAGCUUUCAGUUACAGGGGUUCUUGGCUUCCGUACUAUACAUCAGUUCAAACCAAAGGCACAAAUGGUACUUUUAUCAAACACAACAUCAUCAAAGAGUGGGGCUCUCUGUUCCUCUGAAAGCCCUGGCCCUCAUAGAUACGAUUCUAUCGGCAGAAAUGAUAUAUCUAAGCAUCCAUCUGAGUCCCAUGAGGCUUCUGAUAUAUUAUUGACUUCAAGAUUGGUAGAGAAUGAGAGUGAUUCUGGAGUUAUAUCAGACGGGAUUCAAGUUGGUGGUACUGCUGCUGACCCUUUGAGUGCAAUCCAUCAGGCAGUGAUCCUGGCUAAAUGCCUUCUAAUUGAGAAGAGCACGCGACAUGAUGACAUGCAGAGAUGGGAAAUGGCUCCACACAUCGAGGCAAUUGAUUCUCAACUAUCAUCAUAUUUUAUUAUACGACGAUGCUGUGAUGUCCUACGUAUUCGGUGGGAGUCGACACGUAGUCACACAAAGGAACGUGCAUUGAUGAUGAUGGAAACAUUGGUUCAGGGUAUCAAGGAGCCCUCUCCAGGAGUGGCAGACAGGAUUCCUUUCUGCUGUGGGAUUUAUAUCCCUACAGUUUCAGCCUUGCGGAAGGAAUACGAUGAACUUUGUGUCCGCUGUGGUCUGAUAGGAGAGGCAAUCAAAAUUUUUGAGGACUUGGAAUUAUGGGAUAAUCUGAUAUUCUGCUAUAGAUUGAGUCAUGUGAGAUAUCAUAUUAAAAACAGCCUAUUGGAGAAAAAAGCAGCAGCUGUUGAACUGAUCAAGACAUGGCUUUCUGAAACACCUAAUGACCCCAGGUUAUGGUGUUCAUUGGGUGACGUUACUAAUGAUGAUGCCUGCUUUAAAAAAGCCCUAGAAGUUUCAAACGAUAAGUCGGCUCGGGCUAAGCGGUCUCUUGCACGCAGUGCAUACAACAGGGGGGAAUAUAGAACAUCUAAACUUCUGUGGCAGUCUGCAAUGGCCUUGAAUUCUCUGUAUCCUGAUGGCUGGUUUGCCCUAGGGGCUGCUGCAUUAAAUGAUGGGGAUAUUGAGAAGGCACUAGAUGGCUUCACUCGGGCUGUUCAGCUCGAUCCUGAAAAUGGGGAGGCAUGGAAUAAUAUUGCUUGUUUGCAUAUGAUAAAAGGGAAGAGUAAAGAAGCUUUUAUUGCAUUUAGGACACUGUAUAUACUGCAAAAGUUUCAAAUAAAUAUGAAAAAGUCUUAGCUUUUCUGGAUGAUCGCAUAGGACACUGUAUGAACUGCAGAGGAAAAAAAAAA